CUGAACCAAGAAGUGUGAGCUGCUCUAAGUGACUGUGUGAGUUUGUGUUAUAGUAAAAUGGCAGAAGCGAAUAUUUCAGUAGCUCAGGACCACUUCAGCUGUCCAAUCUGUCUGGAUCUACUCAAGGAUCCAGUGACUAUUCUCUGUGGACACACUUUCUGUAUGGUGUGUAUUAAUGGCUGCUGGGAUCAGGAGGAUCCGAAGGGAGUCUAUAGCUGUCCUCAGUGUAGACAAACCUUCACUCCAAGACCUGUUGUGAGUAAAAACACUGUUCUGGCUGAAGUAGUGGAGACACUGAAGAAGACGGGACUCCAAGCUACACGUCCUGCUCACUGUUCAGCUGGACCUGAAGAUGUGGAGUGUGAUUUCUGCACUGGGAGAAAAUCCAAAGCCAUCAAGUCCUGUCUGGUGUGUCUGGCCUCUUUCUGUGAAACUCACCUCCAGCCUCACUAUGAAUCUCCUACCUUUAAGAAGCACAAGCUGGUGGAAGCCUCCAGACGAUUCCAGGAGCAGAUCUGCUCUCAGCAUGACAAACUGCUGGAGGUUUACUGUCACACUGAGCAGCAGUGUAUCUGUGCUUUGUGUAUAUUAGAUAAACAUAAAGGACAUGAUACAGUAUCAGCUGCAGCAGGACGAGUUGAGAAACAGAAGCAGUUGUUGGAGGUGCAGGGAACAACCAGGCAGAGAAUCCAGGAGAGAGAGAAGCAGCUUCAGGAACUGACAAAGGCUGUGAAGACUCACAAGCACUCUGCACAAACAGCAGUGCAUGAAACUGUGAAGUUAUUUACUGCUCUGAUCAAAUCCAUCGAGAGAAGAUGUUCUGAACUGACAGCGCUGAUCAGAGCUCAGGAGAAAGCUGCAGUGAGUCGAGCUGAAGAAGUCAUGAAGCAACUGGAGCAGGAGAUUGCAGAGCUGAAGAGGACAGACACUGAGAUGGUGAAGCUUUUGGACACAGAGGAUCCCAUUUAUUUCCUCCAGAGUUUUCGGUCCCUCUUGACCCAUCCUGGAUCUGCAGAUUUACCCAUCAUCGAGGUCAGUUCUUUCCUCUCUUUUGAAGAUGUAGUAAAGUAUGUGUCUCCGCUGCAAGAGAAGGUGGAAGCGUGCUCUAAAGAGCAGUUUGAGAAGAUAUCAAGUGAAGUGAAGAAAGUCCUGAUCUUACCACCCCAAAGCAGAGAGGAAUGUCUAAAGUAUUCCUGUCAACUCACACUGGAUCCCAACACAGUACAUCACAGCCUCCAACUGUCUGCAUCGAACCGAAUGGCAACUGACAGAGGUGAACAUUCAACACAACAGUCCUAUCCUGAUCAUGCUGAGAGGUUUGACUCUUAUCUCCAGGUGUUGUGUACAGAGAGUGUAUGUGGACGCUGUUACUGGGAGGUUGAGUGGAGUGGGAAUAAAGGGGUUUCUUUAGCAGUCUCAUAUAAAGACAUCAGCAGGAAGGGAAACGGUAUUGAGUAUAAGUUUGGAUUCAAUGAUCAAUCCUGGAGAUUGUUUUGCUCUCCAAAUGAAUUCAUAUUCGGUCAAAAUAACAGACAAUUUAGUGUCCCAGUAAUGCCCAGCUCCUCCAGAAUAGGAGUGUAUGUGGAUCAUAGGGCAGGGAUUCUGUCCUUCUACGGCGUCUCUGACACAAUGAAGCUCCUCCACAGAGUUCACACCACGUUCACUCAGCCUCUUUACCCCGGGUUUGUGGUUUGUAAAGGAUCAAGGGUUAAACUAUGUCAUUUAAAAUAGAUCAUUUUCAGAGCUUUGUGAUACCAGUGGAUUUUUGUGUGUGUCUGUUUCUGCAUGCAGUUUGAUGGGGGUUACCUCAAAACAACAGUGCACUGCAAUAGCAAAAGAAAUAUACGAUGAGACUAUGUGAAUA